AUGAUCAAGAUCUGGAGUAUGAAGAAGGAGGAGGAUGCGGCAAAGAAGAAGAAGCCAAAGACGUCACCAGCGCAGCUUCGUGUGCAGAAGGAUCUGACCGAGCUCGAGCUACCAAAGACGAUGAAGACCGACUUUCCGGACCCGGCAGACGUGCUCAACUUUACUCUCACCAUCGAGCCAGACGAGGGCAUGUACAAGACCGGAUCGUUCAAGUUCACCUUUGCCAUCAACAACAACUACCCGCACGACCCACCAAAAGUCAAAUGUACACAAAAGAUCUACCACCCAAACGUCGACCUGGAAGGCAACGUCUGCCUAAACAUCCUCCGCGAAGACUGGAAGCCCGUCCUCAAUCUCAACUCGGUCAUGGUCGGCUUGCAGUACCUGUUCCUCGAGCCGAACGCUGACGAUCCGCUCAACAAAGAGGCGGCAGAAGACCUGCGAAAAGACCGAUCCGUCUUUGCCAGCAACGUCCGAAGGAGCCUCGCGGGUGGUGCCAUCAAGGGCACAACGUACGACAAGGUGGUUGUCAAGUAA